AUUCACCGCAAUCAACAGAAUUUUAAUGAAUCCUAGAAACGAAGACACUGGAAAGAAACAGAAGUAUUAUGUUGAAAAAGGUGCAACCAUCUGUCCGCGGGAUCUCAAGGAGCGACCCCCCCUUAAAUAUAAUCCAGAUGAAGUAGUCGAUGACAUGGCAAUGACUUACGACGAUUUCUUGUCUGUGCUAUAUAAAAAUUUACCUAGAAAUUUUGAUGAUAUUUUCGAGGUUAAUUACGCUGCAGAACUUCUUUCUGUAUGCGAUUUGUUCGUCCACCAUAACAAUUAUAAUAUAAGGGCACAACUAGCAUCAACGGGCAUAUCUCUCGCUUCUCGUGGCAUGCUCGCAGCACAUACACAUACUGGACCUUUUAAUGUUGAAUAUGAUUAUUCUGGGUGCCACCAGAUGGACGAGAAAAUCCGUGAAAGCCAUCGCCGAAUGAAUUCAUUGCGCCGGAAAGAUCCCAAUCUCAGGCGUUUCUCUGGCGGUGCGUUUAGCAUAGCUCUGCAAAAUCAGGGAAAGAAUUUGAGAGGAAAUGGAUGA